AUGUCUUCGAAUCGCCCAAACGCCCUGCACAACCUCAGGAUGGGGGAGGUCAUUCGCGAAAAGGUGCAAGACGGUGUCACUGGCGAGACCAGGGAUUUGCAGUAUACCCAGUGCAAGAUUGUUGGCAACGGUUCCUUCGGUGUUGUCUUCCAGACGAAGCUCUCCCCAUCCGGGGAGGACGCUGCCAUCAAGCGCGUUCUUCAAGACAAGAGAUUCAAGAACCGAGAGCUGCAAAUCAUGCGCAUUGUUCGUCAUCCCAACAUCGUGCAGCUCAAGGCUUUUUACUACUCGAACGGCGAGCGCAAAGACGAGGUGUAUCUGAACCUCGUUCAAGAAUUCGUGCCUGAAACGGUCUACCGUGCUUCUCGUUUCUUCAACAAGAUGAAGACGACCAUGCCCAACCUCGAGGUCAAGCUCUAUAUUUACCAGCUCUUCCGCGCCCUGGCCUACAUCCACUCUCAAGGCAUCUGCCACCGCGACAUUAAGCCCCAAAACCUGCUGCUGGAUCCUACUUCUGGUAUCCUGAAGCUGUGCGACUUUGGCAGCGCAAAGAUUCUGGUGGAGAACGAGCCCAACGUGUCAUACAUCUGCUCUCGCUACUACCGCGCCCCGGAGCUCAUUUUCGGUGCCACCAACUACACCACCAAGAUUGAUGUCUGGUCAACCGGCUGCGUCAUGGCGGAGCUCAUGCUCGGACAACCCCUUUUCCCCGGCGAGUCGGGCAUUGACCAGCUGGUAGAGAUCAUCAAGGUCCUGGGAACACCCACGAGGGAGCAGAUCCGCACGAUGAACCCAAACUAUAUGGAGCACAAGUUCCCGCAGAUCAAGCCCCACCCCUUUGCCAAGGUGUUCCGAAAGGCCGACGCUCACGCCAUCGACCUGAUUGCCCGUCUCCUUGAAUACACUCCUACAGAGAGGCAAAGCGCCGUUGAUGCCAUGGUGCAUCCGUUCUUCGACGAGUUGAGGGACCCCAGCACUAAGCUGCCCGAUUCGCGGCACCAGACCGGCACGGUGCGCGACCUGCCUUCUCUGUUCGACUUCACUCGUCACGAACUCUCGAUCCGACCGGACCUCAACGCUCAACUGGUGCCGGCUCACAUCCGACCUAUCCUUGUUUCUAAGGGUCUCGAUAUCGAUUCGUUCACACCAUUGACGAAGCAGGAGAUGCUCGCCAAGCUGGACUGA